AGGGGAAAUGUGAUUAUGCAAAUGAGCUGACGUCACGGGGCCGGUUCCAAACGCAGAACAGGCGGUGAGACGAUCUGGGAGUAAAGGUGUCAAUUUGAGUCCAUGUGAAAUCCUCGACUAAUCGCCCAAAAUAUGGACUUCCAGUGGGUUGGUAGUUCCUGUGGCCAGCAUGGACCUUACACCUUCUACAAGGCCUUCAGAUUCUCCCACGAAGGAAAGCCAAGAAUUUUGUCUCUUGGGGAAUUUUUCUUCCUUCGAUAUGAACCGGAAGCUCCGCUGUGCUUGGGUGAACUGCAGCUCUUGUGGGAAGACCAUAACAACCAACAACUGCUGUCCAGUAGUAGGUUGUAUUUCCUUCCUGAAGACACACCACAGGGACGUGAUGAAGAACAUGGCCAGGAUGAGGUAGUAGCUGUUAGCCAGAAACUGAUCCUGAGGGUGCAGGACCUGGCCUCCUGGACCUGCAGUGGGAGAAAUUGGCCUCAUGGUCUGGUGGUCCUGCCGGAGGAUACAGGGAAGGUCCCAUCCACAGGCAGCCUGGCAGAGAGAAUACAGCGCUUCUCACUCAACGGCACACUGAAUAUCUCUGAUGUACAAAAGGAAAGGCAAGAAAUAGGAGCACAAAGUGAUGACGAGCCCAGCAUGAUCGUUCUGAGCUACCCGCGGUAUUGUCGCUUCCGCGCCAUCAAGAGACGGUUGGCAGCAGUAGCCAAUCCAUGGCUGAGGAGCAAGCUAUCCGCCGCGUUGGGAGGGUUCAGCGUUGUCCGGAAAACACACAUCAUGUACUGUCAGGACAGCUUCCACCAUCACGAUCUGUACGACCAUCCACAUAUCUGUGAUGAGCUGGCGCCCAACUUGAAAGGCCGGCCACGGAAGAAGCACAGACUUAAACUGAAGCAUAAGGAUGGAGAAAAGCAUGUCCUCGGUGGGGAGGGGAGAGGUCUCAAAGGAAAGGGACACUGGGACGGGAAGUUACUGCUCAAGGCAGAAGGGAACAGUCGCACACGCAAACAGGUGGACAGGGAGGAGGAGGCUGCCAUGCUCACCAAGCUCUUCAAGUUCAUGAAGGACCGAGGCACGCCCAUCUCUAGGAUACCCAGCCUGGGCUUCAAACAAAUUGACCUGUACUUGUUCUUCUCCUUGGCCCAGAAGAUCGGAGGAUAUGAAAAGAUAACAGAGAAGCGGAUGUGGAAGCACAUCUAUGACAAGUUGGGAGGGAACCCAGGAAGUACAAGUGCUGCCACAUGCACAAGGAGACACUAUGAGAAGUUGUUGAUGCCAUUUGAACGUCACCUACGAGGUGAGAAGGACAUCCCUCCCCCUCCCAUCAAACACCGUGCCAGGAAACAGAAGGAUGCCGAGGACAAGGCAGUCAGGGCAAAGAUAAAGGACCUCAUCAAGAAGAAUGAGGAAAAACAACCAGACAAGGCUGGCUCUAUUUCUGUACUGGCCAGUACCACGGAGAACAGCCAGCCUCGCCCGAAAGCAAAUGUUGCCACCUCUAAUGCUGUAUCAGUAUCAGGUGCUCAUGGAAAGGAGUCGUUGGUCAAACUUUCCAUACCCAGUCUGAAACCAAACGUCAACCCAAGUCCUCUGUCUACACACGUGGGGAAACCUAUGCAAGCAGGGUCAGCCUCCGGGUCUCCACAUGUUGUGGCCAUUGAAAUUCAGAGACCAGGUGUGGCUCCUCCUCCUCUCACAAGUGCUACAAGAAAGGCACAGCCACUACCUGCAAACAAGGACAUUAUCCGAGGACGCAGCACUGCCCCCUUGCAGCCGUCGCAGGCUAUUGCACCGUUACAGAAGAGCAUCCGCCCUACCGCUAACGUCUCUGUCAACAACAGUGAGAAGGCUGCUUCAGCAUAUGUUUCCUCCAGGGAGCAUGUGCCUGUUUCUACUACCUCAAAGACAGUUCCUACAUUAAGCGACAGCGAACUGGUGCUAGAACUGACUACCAAGAAGGGCAGUCAGGGAUCCCUGCUGGAGGGGAAAGUGGUUACCACACCAAACUCUCGCCUGCAGGGUGAGCGCAGGCUGAAUGUACCCAUGAAGCCUCUGUAUCCUCCACCUCCUCUCAUUAAGGAUGGCAACCACAGGCCAGCAGCGCAUGCCGAGGUCAAACCUGAACCUGCCACACACAUUCCUGUGAAGAGCAGUCCUGCUGUAACCAAUCCAGCACCGAGCUCUAUAGUGAAGGUGUUUGUCCCAGAGAGAAGGCAGGCCAAUGCCCCAGAAGUCAAGGUGAACCCUACUAGAUCAACAAGAUCACCUCCAGUUUCCAGGUCAGAACCUGUCAACAAUAGGCCAUCAGUGAUCCAACACACUCAGAAAGUGAAGCCAACUAGUGCCAUCCACCCGGAUGACCUCAUCCUGAGGCAGAUGUCACAGCAACGCGAUCAUGACCAGAAGCUAAUGCGACCAUCCAACAGCAUGACUGGCCAUAAGCGAACAUUGCCACCCACGGAGCAGCUAGAGCGCCACUACAUGUCACAACUCUUAGCUGCCCAAGCCAUGGCUGGUCAGUUAGAACUAGAAGCCUACUACCCUCUGACAAAACGGCCACGGGUAGACUCACCAUCAUUUGGUAAGGAAAACGCUGAUGCCAAAUACUACAGCCACAAGUUCCAGACCUUCUUCCCAGAUGAGAAGGGUGCUCAGAGUGAGUGUCUGCAGCCCAGCAGGUCCUCACGCUCCACUGCCGACGAUUCUGACCAACCAACUGACCUCAGUCUUCCCAAGUCCAAGGUGUCAGGAGAGGAGAGUUCUUCAAAGCCAGCAGCAAAUGACAACAGACCAGCUGACCGAUCGGGCAGUAACUUAAGAGAUCUCUCUGCCUUGCAGGAAGGGCUUCCAGCAAACCUUUCACACAAACUCAAAUCUGAAACUGGGCGUUCAGGUGGUGAAGAUAAGGCAGGGCUGUCAAAGGUCACAGUAUCCAUACCGGGUAGCAAGCAUGACGACAAGCGGCCUGCACAUACAAAAGCAGUUGUCUCAGUGCCCCCGUCUGUUAUCCUCACAACAUCCCCAUCUAAAACAACCUCAUCAGUGUCACGGUCCCACACGGAAAGCACCUCUUCCCACCCUCAGAUAGUCAUCCCCGACUAUAACCCCAACCUUCCGCGAAGGAUGGACGUCCGAGAUGGGCUGCCCCACGUCAUGAUCACGGACUACAACCCCAACCUGCCCAAAGCUCCUCUCCUCAUGCCGGAGUACAGCCCCCACCUGCACUCCCCUCCCUACGCCCACCCCCACCUCUUAAUGCACUCUCCCCAGGGACAGGUACAGCUGACGUCCCACCCGGCUGGCGUGUAUGCAGGACACUUCCACUCAGCCAUGUACGAGGAGAUGCUGAGGCAGCACCUGAUAGGCACACAUGCCUACCCCAUGCAGCUGCCACACCCCUCCAUGUUUCCACACCUGCCAGAGGGAUCCUUCCCCCCACAUAUGUACCAUAGUAACUAAUGUGGCCACGGAAGUCAGGAGAAAUUUUUUUAAGACCUCAAGUGUAAAAGAAAUCUUAUUCAUUGGUCCUGUAAGUAUAAUGAAUAAUUUUAACCUUUAAACUAUGGAUAGGUUGCAUGUUGUUGAAAGAUAACAUAAUUCCAGGACCAUGUUUAAGAGUUAUUGUACUGGGUUGAUUUUACUCAUGACUUGGUUGCAGAAACACGAAGUGGGAGGGGAUCCAAACUAUUAGAAGUUUGAAGGAUUUGAAAAGAGGCAGACCUGAUGUACUGACUUCCAAAGUAUUAUGUGCUUCCAACUUAUCCAAUGUUUGUGAAAGUUGUAAAUACUAAUGAAUCUAAAAUUGAUUCCUUUGGUGUGUGUUGUUGCAGAAUUUGUCGGAAUUGUUGUAGAUCUAUAUGCACCAAUACUGAACUUAUGUCCACAUUGAGACAAACUGUCUGCAACUUCUAAGGUCUUCACUAUUGCAUAAACUAACAUUGGGCUUACUUGUCCACACAUUGCAUAGUAUUGGCAAUCAGUUAUUCAGACACCACACAGUAUUGGCAAUCAGUUAUACAAUACUUUUUUAAAUAUAAUAUACUGUUAAUCAAAUAAAUUUUACUGUUGUUUUUUCCUAACCCAGCCAAAUCUAUCCCAAGAUAAUACAACAGAAUGAUAGCAAGGUAACUUGUCUUCAAGCAAGAUGCAACCUGCUUUGACAUUUAUAUGCAAUUACAAUCUACUAAUUACAAUCAACAAAUCCUCAAUCAAUUUUGGUUGCUUUAAUAUCCAAGGGGUCAAGACUUCAGCAUGGUGUAUAUACAUGACGUAUGCUGACUACAGACUGUUGUGAUGCAUUGUUAUCUCUUGAAGCUGGUCUUCACCAAGCUAGCUAUGUGAAUACCAAGAGUGAAGGAUUUAGCACACUUUCUGUAUGAACAUUUGCUGGUAGCUAUGUGACAAGAAUCAUGGACUUACACUAGAGAUGUAAAGAUUCGCCCUCUUGUACAAAAGUCACCUAUGUGACAUAGGCCCAUUGUACAGAACCAAACAAAUAGGACAAAUAUAGUUCACCCCAGUACCAUCAGAUGAGCUUUUGACAAACAUUAAGUAUUUUAAAGUAUUAUAGAAACAAAAAUAUUCCGGAUAUAAAUCUCUGCAUAGAUUGUGCUUCAAUACAAGUCUUGUUAUGAGCAGCCUGGUUAUAAGGAUGUUUUACCUAC